CUUUAAAACCCUGGUCGCGGAAACGGUAGAAAAUGGUAGAAUAUUUUUUUUUCUUCCUCUGGAGCGGUUAUCUCCACCGGCUAACUUGGCUAGCCUUUUAGCGUCGCAGACUUGUCGAAAUAAGCUGUACUUUUAAACACACAAGCCCCCAGGCCAAUAAAAACAGUUUAGCUUGCAUACUAGAACAUCAGUUUAUGAUGAAGUCCGUUUGUCUCGUAUUGAUAAAUUGCGGUGGCCAUUAAUCACUAGCAUUGUUUUGUUGCUUUACCUCGUUGUAAUUAGCUUCAGUGUUUAGCGUUUAUAGACAUUCCUAUGCAGCAUCCUAAUUGCCACCGACGCUAGUUGGCAACACGGUUGGGUAUGUGACUCGAUGCAAGUCAGAAAAGUACCAAAAUUAAUAUGCGCCAUAAACGGGUUGAAUGUUGUACGUCGUGUCCGUGUGAUUUCACACACAAGAAAUGUUAAUAUCACAAUACUUUGUUUUUUUUGGAGUAGGGUAGGGAGCGGGCUCAUAACUUAAACCAGUUGGGAAAGGACCUGAACUGAUGCUGCUCUGUAAUAACAUUGGAUGCCCUCUUGGUUUCUUUACAGAGUCCACAAAUCAUGUCAGGCAUUGCAUUGAGCCGGCUUGCUCAGGAGCGCAAGGCAUGGCGGAAGGACCAUCCUUUUGGAUUUGUUGCGGUACCGACAAAAAACCCGGAUGGAACCAUGAAUCUCAUGAAUUGGGAAUGUGCUAUUCCUGGCAAAAAGGGGACUCCGUGGGAAGGAGGCCUGUUCAAGCUGCGCAUGUUGUUCAAGGACGACUAUCCGUCUUCACCUCCAAAAUGUAAAUUUGAGCCUCCACUCUUCCAUCCAAACGUGUAUCCAUCAGGCACAGUUUGCCUAUCGAUACUAGAGGAGGACAAGGACUGGAGACCAGCCAUCACAAUAAAGCAGAUCUUAUUAGGUAUCCAGGAACUGCUAAAUGAGCCAAAUAUCCAGGAUCCAGCCCAAGCAGAGGCUUACACGAUCUACUGCCAAAACAGAGUAGAAUAUGAAAAAAGAGUUCGAGCACAAGCCAAAAAAUUCUCCCCCUCGUAAGGGCGAAGACGGAAGGAAUGGGUUUAACAAGAAUCACCUCCCGGCUCAGUCUCUCUAUGAAUGUGCUCCUCUCACAUCGGGACUUGCUUAAAGACUUCUAUUUAAACUCCACAUUCUGUGCCAUCCGUUCUCCUCUGACCUAUCAGUUUUUUUUGUUCUUAAUUGCCGGUUGGCGCAUAAUGCUGGGAGGGAAUGGGUGCGUCAGCACCCUGGUAAUUUCUUUUUAAACAAUAAUUGUCUUAUGUCGUGCAAGGGACACAGCUUGGUACCGGUUUCAUCAACUCCCAUGCAAGCUGACUGUCAUCAAUAUUUCAAGGAAGAAAAUGUCGUUUUGUUUUAUUUUGCUCUUUCACAGGGUCUUUUUCUUUUUGUUUCCUCCUUUAUUUUCCAUAAAUUUAAUGUAAAAUUUAGCUUACUUCAUUGUCAGUAUUUCAACUGCUGUAUAAUGAAUGGCACUUUUAUACUGUUGUAUCUCACUAGUGUCUCUAGAUGGCUCUGUCUAAUUCUCUUUCCCAGGUUUUCUAUUCAGCAUGCUGUAAUAUACAAUAGAUUCUGCUGCCUUGGCUGUCUUUUUGUUAUUCAGAGUGUUUGCUAUAAAUAAAAAUGGCCACAGUGACUGAGGCAGGUAGGCUUACUUCUGUAUCAGACUUUAAGGUUAUAUGGUGCUUUGUUCAUGUAUGUGUUGGCUUAAUAAACCUUUCUACAUAA